ACUUCCUCCUCCCUGAUUCGUUCCUCGCACCCUUCUCCUCGCUCGACCAAAGCCUAAACUCCAAAGCCUUUGGUCAAGUAUUUCCUAGCUUCCAUACCUCUCUUUUUUCUUUACGCUUUCGUCGGUUGUUGUUGGGGAAGCUAGAGCCCAGGGGCUCGUUCGGAGCUGGCUAACCAAGACGAGAUAGAAGUUGCGGACGCGGAGGAAGAGAGGAACAAGCGGGUGGCGGGAGAGCUGUAUGAGGCCUUAAACUCGCGGGACGUGGAGAGGGUGCACCAGCUGUUGGCCCCGGACAUCGAGUGGUGGUUCCAUGGCCCUCCUUCUCACCAGCACAUGAUGCGCCUCCUCACCGGCGCCUCUCCCGAGGAGACAUUCGAGUUCCUUCCCCUGUCCAUCGAGGCCUUCGGCUCCACCGUCCUCGUCGAGGGCACCGACCGCGCGCGCUCCUCCUGCUGGGUCCACGCCUGGACCGUGAGCGCGGAUGGGAUAAUCACCCAGGUGAGGGAGUACUUCGACACCUCCGUCACCGUCACGCGCGUCGGCUCCGGCGACUCUUCUUCUUCUACCUCCAACGUGCCCAACCCUCACUGCCUGCCCGUCUGGCAGAGCAGGCUCCCCGACCGGGGCCGGAAGUCCCUCCCCGGCCUCGUCCUUGCCAUCUAAUUGCCAUAACGAGUUAAGCUGGUGGACUAAUAAUAAUAAUAAUAAUAAUAGCAGGGUGAAGCCUUGGUUCCGGUGGUUGCUGGAUGGGUUGAGGUCUGGGGGUGUCUCCCCCUGUCUGUCUUUGAAUCAGGGGUUGUAGUAAGCUUUGGGAGUGCUUGAGGGCUAAACGUAGUACGCUUGUAUCUUGGAGGUGUGUGUUGUGUUGUGUGUGUGUUUUUAGAGAUGAAGAAGAGAGAUUGUCUCUCUUCUUCCUCUGCUGUUGUUGCCUGCUGGUUUGAUUUCGUCUUCAAUAAAAGAUGCUUGUGUCGUCAUUUUAAUAAACAAACUGGAGUUGUGUAA